AUGAAUAAUUUAAAUAUUAAGAGAUUCAGAUAAGAUUAAUCACCAUUAUAUGAAAGAUAAAAUCGAUAAAAAAUAGUGCAUCCCUCUAUUUAAUUGAGAAUAAAAGAUUUUUUAUUAUAAUAAGUAUGAAUAUGAAUAUAUAAUCAGAAGAAAGAAACAAGAAAAUGUUUUUGUGAGAAAAAAAAUAAUAAUUAUGCUAAAUAAAGGACGCCCAAGAAAAUGCUAACAAUAACUUAGUAAUUACAUGAAAAGUUUAUAUAAUAAAAAUAAAGUGAGCUACUUCACUUCGUUAUAACCUGCAUGAUUAUCAUUUUUAUAAUGGUAGUAUUAUUAGAAGAAGGCAAUCAAAAAAAAGUUGAAUGA